GGACUAGCUUAGGAUCCUUAUACCCGACCAACCAGCCUCACCUACACUACAAUAUACAAUAUAUACCUGAAUGUGCCUAGGCCAAGAAAGCACAUGAGUAUAGUACCCGCUUGGCACCGAUUCUAUGUGAUCUCACCUCACCCUUCAAUCCAUAUACUUGAGUAUACAGGCAAAUCUUGCAGUCAAGGCUGCUACACACAAUCUGAUAGUUGUCUUACCUAAGCAUAUUCCUAGGAGCUGCCUACAGUGCUGUUCCAUCGCCUGAUAUCACCAAAUCCAAAGCAUAUACAUUCAUCGCAUAGUCUUUAAUUUCAUAUCGCAAAUCUACAUAUAGGUCUCAACACCAGCAGUGAACAAUGGUAGCGGGGCUUUGUACUUUCCCACCAUUGGGGCGAGUUUCCCAGGUCAAAAGCCAGGUCAUCUCUUUCUCGGUCAUCCUGGAGGCUGCGGAUCACGAUGCUGAGCAGCCAUGGGAGAUGUCUCUCUGGCAUUCGUCCGGUGAUCAGCCCUGGGAAGAGACCACCUUGUCGUUGGCUCUGGAAAGCGAUUCGCCCUCAUUCUUACGGCUACUAGACGGCUCAAGUCACGAACGGUUCUGUUAUACUGCUGAGCUGCCUUUGGUAUCUACUUUACAUUUCACUGUGAAGUAUCGCUCUAGUCCAACUAAGCCCUGGAUAUGGGCUAGAGAUGAGCUAGGUGUUGACAACGGACUCGUAAUCCUAAACCAAGAAGACCAGCACACGCUGGCCAGUGACCUUUCGCAUAUAAUUCAAGAUCUGAAUCCUGAGUUAAAGGUUAGGUCUGUUGCGAGCCAGACUCCUCGCACACAGCUAUGGACUGUUGAAGCUGUAGUCGGACCGUCACGUCACGAUGUAUCGGCAUACGCUGACGUUGAGCUUGGCACCCCUUGGGGUAGCUUCGAACGUUAUUUUGCAUUGGUCCGCCAUUCCUCCGCGUGGCUUGGUCCGAGACAAGGGAAGACUCAUUUUAGCCUUGAUAAAGAUGCCUUACUGUGUUCUUUUCUCAGCCGUGAAGGAAAGCAUCUUGUUCUAUUAGGAAUCAGUAACAUCAAUAGUGUCAUAACCCUCCUCCGAAGCUCUGAUUGUGGCACAGUGACAAUCCAUAUUCGCAAUGAUGAGAAUGCAAGCUCCACUGGUAUGGUACUAGCGGCUGUUGGUGAUAACUGCGAAAGUGCUAUUGCAGCCGCUGUUUAUCACGCGCGGAUCCUUAUUCUAUCUUGCACACAGAACACGUUGCCCCAAGAGCUCGCGGAUCAAAGUGAUGAUAUCAAUCCCGAAUGGGUACAGGACUGGUGCGAUGGCUUAGGCUAUUGCACUUGGAACGCACUUGGGCAGCAACUAACCGAAGAUAAGCUCCUAAACGCCGUUAGAUGCUUGAAGGAAAAUAACAUCCACAUUAGUAAUUUGAUUAUUGACGACAACUGGCAAGAUGUGGACUAUCAUGGGCUUGACUCGAAUUCAUACGGCUGGAAGAGAUUUGAAGCUGAACCUACAGCCUUUCCCAACGGAUUAAAGCACACAGUCUCGCAAAUCCGCAAAAUCAGUCCUGGUAUUGAAAAGAUUGCUGUAUGGCACGCAUUGCUUGGAUACUGGGGCGGAAUCUCACCUAGCGGGGAUAUUGCAAAGGAAUACCAGACGGUUAAAAUCCCACGGGACGGUUGGAAGGUCUCUGGGCCGAUGACCGUCAUUGCUAAUGCGGAUGUCGCAAGAUUCUAUAAUGACUUUUACCAGUUCCUAGUGUCAUGCGGUGUGGAUGGUGUCAAAACAGACGCUCAAUUCAUGAUUGACACUUGGUCCUCCGCAGAUCGUCGUCGAGAACUUACGAACACGUAUCUAGAUUCUUGGGGAAUUGCAGCUCUUCGGCAUUUUGGUGAUAGGGCUAUCUCAUGCAUGUCGCAGGCACCACAGAUACUAUUGCGCCAACAGCUGUCACAGAUUAGGCCAACAAUUCCCGUGCGAAACUCCGACGACUACUUCCCGGAUGUGCCGGACUCACACCCUUGGCACAUAUGGGCAAAUGCGCAUAAUGCUCUUUUCACGCAGCAUUUGAACGUUUUCCCAGAUUGGGACAUGUUCCAAACGGCCCAUGAGACCGCUCAUUAUCACGCAGCUGCCCGGUGUGUUAGUGGCGGGCCUAUCUAUAUCACAGAUGCGCCUGGACACCACGACCUUGGCCUAAUUAACCAAAUUACAAGCUUGACUCCUCGUGGCAAGACCGUAAUCCUUCGCCCGAGUGUAGUAGGCAAAACGAUCGACGCCUACACUGGAUAUGAUGAAGACGCACUUCUCAAGGUUGGGUGUUACAACGGCAGAUCUGCAAUAGGGACACCUAUUCUUGCUUUAUUCAACACAACACCACACACUGUAACGGAAAUAAUUCCAUUUGAUUCCUUCCCCGGAGUCACUACGUCAACUGAAUAUGUAGUCAGGUCACAUUAUAAUGGCAAGGUUGCUAUAGUCAGGGACAGCGAGUCACGACAGGCUCAUCUAGGUAUAACACUGCAACGACGUGGCUACGACAUCUUCACAGCAUACCCACUGACUCACCUGGAUACCGAUUCCAACGGCCGAAUCAGCACUGCUUCACUGGGCCUCAUCGACAAGAUGACUGGCGCUGCUGCUCUCAUUGUCAGCCAUUUUGAAUUCCUUCCUACUGGCAUGGUUUUCUGUACGACACGGCUAAAGGCCCUAGGCAUACUUGGGUUGUACAUAUCUGACCUCCCGCACAUGUCGAUCAAGAGUGAUUUCAUGAUAACUAUUCAGGGCUUACCUAUUCCCUUUCACACUGUUACGGUGGAUGAGAGAGACGAUCAUGUCUUGACUGUGGACAUCCAGACAGCCUGGAGCGAGAUGGGGUUGAAUUCUGGUUGGAGUAAUGAGGUUGAGGUGAGGAUCAAUUUCGAUGCCGAACAUGUCUAAGUACGGAGACUUUCAUGUAGCUUUGUGGCUGUAUGCUGGUCUCUACUGUUUUCAACAUCAAGUGUGCAUUUCACAUGAUUGCGGUACUAGACCAAUCCAAUUUAUGCGAAUAUUUGCUUCAAAUAUGAAGAUUCUAUAAAUGCAGUUAUGAUAUCUGAAGUAGCAGAGUGGAGAGUUACUUGGCUCAUGUUCUAAUGGCCGAGUGUGUCGGAGGUAUACUCUGUACGGAAUAUUUGAAGUCGCCGAGGUUUAAUGUUAGCUCGAUUGCAGCAAUUAUAGAUUAUUAAACAAGAGUGUUUAUACUGAUACUACACCCCCCUACCAAGCAAAUCCGUGC